CAUACCGUCUCAGUAGUAAUAACAGAUUCGAAAAAUAUGCCCAAUAAAGUGCAAAGAAAUGUUGUUUCAGAUAUUUUUUGUAUUUUCGUUCUAUUCCAAAUAACUGACGCCAUAAUUAUACCAAUAGAAGAAUUACCACGUCCCGCUUAUACUUCUGGACUAAAAACAUUAAUCAAGAAAAAUGACGUUCCCUACACGCUACAAAAUUAUAGCAAAGUAGUUGUUCAUAAUAGACCUGGCACUCCAGGUGCUCAAUAUGUAGUUACCCACACAGAUCAAAUUAAAAAUGUGUAUCCGGUGUUUAACGCUCAGACUUAUGGACAACGCCCUCGUUACCAUAAUAUCUUACAAACACAAAAUAAUACACAAAUCGAUUCUGGAGAAUUGUCAAGAACAAAUAGAACUAUUAUAAAAAGGAAAAUAGGAGCUAAAACUUUGGAUAUUUAUACAAAAUGUCCGUCAGGUGCUACAGGACAAUUUAUCUAUUCGGCUUCUUGUAAUCAGUUUUUAAAUUGCUGGAAAGGUAGAGGAACUGUCCAAAAUUGUUCACCAGGUACAUUAUUCAAUCCAAAAUCAUUAGAAUGCGAUUUUCCCGAUAAGGUUGAAUGCGUGACAGGUCCACAAGCCAAUACUAUAGGGAAUAUUAGAGUUGAAAAAUCAGUUCAACAAGCAACUUGUCCUGAGGGAUUUUCAGGAAUAAUACCCGACUAUUUUGAUUGUUCUAAAUUUAUUAAUUGUAAUAACGGACAAGAAAACAGAAUGGACUGUGCUCCUGGUACUCUAUUCGAUAUGAAUAAGAAUAUGUGCGAUUAUCCUGAUCAAGCCGCUUGUUUUAAUGGAGAAAAUUCCCUUGAUGUUAGAACUAAACAAUUUUACAGUAAUAUCAAUGGACAAUAUCAUCAGAAGACUAAAAAUAAUCACAAUAUAAACGAUGUGAGCUAUAAUCACUUGGGACAUGGACAAACUUCAGCUGUUAAUCAGAUUGACCAGGAUUCAAGCUCAAGUUAUCAAGACUCUGGUAUAAAAAAUGGACGAGCACAAGGAUGUGAACCAGCAACCCAAAAUUGUGGACGAUUCAGUCAAUACAACCCUACUUAUGAUCAAGGACAUCAGUACGCUUAUGGGGGCUCGAGAAGUGAUGUAAGAAGAAACCAAACACAUUAUGCAACACAAAGAUGUAAUCCAGCAACCCAAAAUUGUGGACGAUUCAGUCAAUACAACCCUACUUAUGAUCAAGGACAUCAGUACGCUUAUGGGGGCUCGAGAAGUGAUGUAAGAAGAAACCAAACACAUUAUGCAACACAAAGAUGUAAUCCAGCAACCCAAAAUUGUGGACAAUUCAGUCAAUACAACCCUACUUAUGAUCAAGGACAUCAGUACGCUUAUGGGGGCUCGAGAAGUGAUGUAAGAAGGAACCAAACACAUUAUGCAACACAAGGAUGUGAUCCAGCAACCCAAAAUUGUGGACAAUUCAGUCAAUACAACCCUACUUAUGAUCAAGGACAUCAGUACGCUUAUGGGGGCUCGAGAAGUGAUGUAAGAAGAAACCAAACACAUUAUGCAACACAAGGAUGUGAUCCAGCAACCCAAAAUUGUGGACAAUUCAGUCAAUACAACCCUACUUAUGAUCAAGGACAUCAGUACGCUUAUGGGGGCUCUAGAAGUGAUGUAAGAAGAAACCAAACACAUUAUGCAACACAAGGAUGUGAUCCAGCAACCCAAAAUUGUGGACAAUUCAGUCAAUACAACCCUACUUAUGAUCAAGGACAUCAGUACGCUUAUGGGGGCUCUAGAAGUGAUGUAAGAAGAAACCAAACACAUUAUGCAACACAAAGAUGUGAUCCAGCAACCCAAAAUUGUGGACAAUUCAGUCAAUACAACCCUACUUAUGAUCAAGGAGGUCAGUACGCAAAUUCAGCUUAUGGCGGCUCGAGAAGUGAUAUAAGAAGGAAUCAAACACAUUAUGCAACACAAGGAUGUGAUCCAGCAACUCAGAAUUGUGGACAAUUCACUCUUUACAACCCUACUCAUAAUCAAGAUCAAAAUCAGUACUUAGAUUCAGCUCACGGAAGCUCAGGAAGUGAUGGAGAGACUGGUGGUCAAUCCUAUAUGGUAGCUCGAAGAUGCAACCCAGCAAUUGAGGAUUGUAGUCGAUUUCAAAAUCCAGCUCAUGAAGUACAUACACAGAGAUGUGAUCCAAAAACACAAAAUUGUGAACACUAUCAAUUUCAGUAUCAGGGAGAACCAGGUACUGAUUUAAGUAGAGGUCAAACACAGAUAGUUAGUCAUAGAUGUUCUCCAGGUGAUAAAAAUUGUGGUCAAAGACAAAAUCAAUAUUUCGGACACUCACAACGAUGUAAUCCUUCAAUGCAAAACUGCGCGUAUCAACCAAGUACUGGACAAAAUAUACAUCAUUCCGAUUCUACUCAGUCGGGACAAAAUGGUGGCCAAUUCAAUUGCGAUCUAUCAAAACCAAACUGCGGACAAGAUCAACAACCAAAUUAUGUUAAAGUAUGUAAUGUGAACGAUCCAAAUUGUCGACAAACGAAAAAACCAAUAACUAAUACGGAGCCUGUUUGUCCUAACGGUUCUGUCGGUUUACAUAAACAUCCUACAGACUGUAAGAAGUAUUUGAGUUGCGCUAGUGGUCAAACAUAUGUGAUGGACUGUGCCCCCGGUACGCUUUUCAACGAAAAAACAGGAAUGUGUGACUUCCCAUCAAACGUGAAAUGUAAGGUUACAACUGAUGAAGAUGCUACAGACCCCAGUGAAACUGUUGAUAAUGAUAAUUGGCAAACUCAGUAUAAAAAUAAUGCUCGUAAAUUUGGUCAAAAUUCUGGUCAUGGUAACUUUAGGUAUACAACAGAGGGUUAUAAUCAAGAAUCUAAUGAUAACAAGGAUCAACAAAUUAUUACAGAUAGUAAUAGAGGUAAUUCUGGGUUUCUUCAAAGACCAACUCUCAAACAAACAUCUUUAGAUUACGAUGAUGUUUAUAGCCCGGAUAAUCACAUAACAGCAACAACGCCGAGAAGUGCUUGGCCCCCACCUUUUAAAACGAAAGAUUCCAAUGAUUUAGAAUAUGUUGAUUAUGUUUUCACUUACGAUAACGGAGAGCCAGUCGAUUUAGAACCCGAAAAUGUGAUCAAAGUUAAGCAGAGGCUGUCGAAAACGUGUGAUGAUGAAGAUGAUGAUUUCCAUUGUACGUCUCAGAAGUGUAUAUCUUUGACAAUGCUCUGUGAUGGUGUGAAGGACUGCUCCGAUGGUAAAGACGAACUUAACUGCCAGGAAUAUACAGAGAGAUUCAUAAUAACGAAAAAUUCAAAAUUAGUCGUACCUGAAAAGCAACGUUAUAUCAACGUAACCCACUCGACGUGCGCGGUACUAUGCAUUCAAAAUCAAAAGUUCGUUUGUAGAUCAUUCACGUACCGAAGACCGGACAGGACUUGCUUCUUAUCGGAUCAAAAUAUAGGCAUGUCAGGAGCUUUGCAGGCCCACCAUUCAAGUGAUUAUUAUGAAUUAAGCGCCGGUUCUAUAGAUUGUUCGGAUACUACCAAAUAUUUCGAAUGUAAUAACAAAAAAUGUUUGGUAAAAGAUCAUUUAUGCGACGGAUAUACUGAUUGUGAAGAUAGAGAAGAUGAAAAAUAUUGCGGUGCUGAUAAGUUUGGUUACACAAUUAGAUUAGCGGGAUCCGGUGAGAAAAACGAGGGGCGUGUUGAAGUCACUGCUUUCAAUACCACCGGUUAUAUCUGCGACGACGAUUUUAGCAUAAUCGACGCUAACGUAAUCUGCAGGGAACUAGGAUUCACUUUGGGAGCAGCCGAAAUCAAAAGUCAAUCAUAUUUCGCCAAGGAUUUAAAAGAAAGUAAUACUCUGUAUAUGAUCGACGAUCUCAAUUGUCUCGGAAACGAAACUUCGUUGAUCGAUUGUAGUUUCCCCGGAUGGGGGAUCCACAAUUGUAGAGAUCAAGAAAUCGCCGGGGUGGUAUGUAAAACGCCUCAAGAAAAAUGCGGAAAUGAUGCCUGGAAGUGUGAUUCCGGUAACGAGUGCAUCCCGUUCGAUUUCGUUUGUGAUGGCGUGGAAGAUUGCGCUGAUGAUUCAGAUGAAGAUAUCAAACAUUGCGAAGCUCCAACAGAGCUGCGUUUGGUUGGAGGAAGUUAUCCAGGGGAAGGAAGGUUGGAGAUAAAGCAUAAUGGAAUUUGGGGCACUGUUUGCGAUGAUGAUUUUAACGAAGAUGCUGCUAAAGUUGUUUGUAAAAUUUUAGGUUAUAAAGGAAUGAGUUCCGUUAAAAAAGAUGGCUAUUAUGGUGCAGGAUACGGGCCGAUUUGGUUGGAUCAAGUGUCUUGUUACGGUAAUGAAACCGAGUUGAACAAAUGUACUCAUUGGAAUUGGGGCGAACACAACUGCGAACAUAACGAAGACGUCGGAAUUAUUUGUUCCCAAGAUGCCGGUGAAGUUAAGAUCGAACGACAUUCGAAUCUACCGGCGCAUAUAGAAGAAGGACUUCCGAUGAAUUGCGGUUUCAGAAAAGAUAAUCAAUUCGCUAUAAAUGAUUUGAUACACGCUAGGGUCAUCGGAGGAGGAGUCGCCAAGAAAGGAGAUUAUCCAUGGCAGGCCGCGUUGAAAGUUCGAGUUAAAGACAAAUCCGCUCAUUGGUGUGGAGCUAUUAUAAUAUCCAGCAGAUGGGUACUUACCGCGGCUCAUUGCCUGCAAGGUUACACGAAAGGUGCUUACAUAAUCGUAGCUGGAGAUUAUAAUACCAACGAAGACGAAGGUACCGAACAGAAAAAAUAUAUUGACGAAUUUUUUAUACACGAAAAAUUCAGGAAGGGUCAUAAGAUGAAUAACGACAUAGCGUUGAUCAAAGUGAAAGGUAUUGGAUUCGAAUUGAACGAUAAUGUGCAACCGAUUUGCUUAGCCGAUGACGAUACUGAUUAUAACAGGCCUUUGAAUUGUACUAUAUCAGGAUUUGGUUCAACAAAAAGCGGUAGUUCAAGUUAUUCUCAUAACCUUUUGGCUGCUUGGAUUCCCGUUCAUUCUCAAGAUAUUUGUACCAUGCCUCACGUAUAUGGUGAUAUAUUGACAGAUGGUAUGGUAUGUGCUGGUUCUAUGGAUGGUAGUUUAGAUGCUUGUGAUGGAGAUAGUGGAGGACCUUUAGCUUGUUUGGAUGAAGGUGUAUUUACGCUUUAUGGUAUAACUUCGUGGGGACAACAUUGCGGUUACGCUAAUAAACCCGGUGUUUAUGUUAAAGUUGGGAAAUAUAGGAAAUGGAUUGAAGAUAUUGUCGCUAAACAUUCUAAUUGAAACACUUUGGUCUACUAGGUGUUUGGGAGGAUUGAAUCUAUACACUAAACCAGUCAUUAAUCAUUAAACUACCCACUAAAACUUAUUAUGCAAGUUAUUACUAAACACUUGAAUAAAUAAUUUAUUUAAA